UAUGAGGAUGCUUAACAGCUGCAUAACCCAACAGAACCAUUCCUCCAAUGACACAGUGCUGGACUCCUCAGAGAAGCUCCAUGCUGUUCUGAUAGUCCUGUACAUCAUCAACCUAGCUGGCGGCACCCUCGGGGUCAUCAUGAUGUCCCAACAGCUGUUUCAAAGGAGGUCACAAUCUGUGAUGACCAUUAUGAUCAUCAGCCUCCUGGUGCUGCACAGCUUCAUGCUCCUCAGCAUCCCCUUCCGCCUCAGCUACUACAUUUUGGGGGAGUGGAAAUUCGGGAGGUUUGCAUGCAGGCUGUCGAGCGCCAUAAUCUACCUGCACAUGUAUGCCACCUUUGCCUUUUAUGUGGCCAUCAUCAUAGCCCGCCUUCUCCGCCUGGAGUUUCGCAGGUGCUGCACCACAGCCUGGGUGGGGGCUGUGUGGCUGCUGGGAGCGCUGGUGAUCACGCCUGUUCUUCUCUCCUACUAUGGCACCUUGAAGACAUACCACUCCUCCGAAUGCUUCCAGUUCCAAAGGGAGCUACAGGAGGCUCAAAUGGUGAUCACAAACUACUGCCUGGUUGGGAUUUUGGUGGCAGUGUGUGCUGUGCUCACUGGAAUCCAGCUGACUGUGAUCUACAGAGUAGCUGUGAAAUACUGGCCUGACAUUAACUCUCAUGUGGAAUUCAGGGCGCAGGCAAAGAGUUUCUUCUUCAUCUUGGUAACAUUAAUCUGCUUUAUGCCUCAUCAUGUAUUCAGAGUAUAUUAUAUCCAAAACUAUGACCUUGAUAAAGACCAUAAACUACUCCUAUACAAUGAGGUUUUUUUAGCUUUAACAACAAUGUGCUGCCUGGAUAUGUUGUGCUUCAUAGCAGGAAUAGCUCACUGA